GCAAUAUCUCUCGAGUCUCGUCUUGAAGCUGGCUCUUCUGGUCUCCCUUGCACUCGCAUGAUUCUUCCUCUCUUGUAAAUCAUAAUGUCUCAUGCUUCUAUCUUGAUUAUUGACUCAUACGACUCCUUCACUUACAAUCUUGCAGCCUUAUGUCGAAAAGCCAUACCCAAUUGCCAUGUCUAUAUCGUGAAAAACGACGCCAUCUCAUACGACGAUCUUAUUCACGUUUUUCCGCAUCUUUCUGCCAUCAUCGUCGGACCAGGACCCGGUUCUCCAGCCAAUCCUUCUGACGUCGGAAUAUUGAACCACCUAUGGGGAUUGACCAGCGACAUCAUGAUACCCAUAUUCGGAGUCUGUCUUGGUCUUCAAAGUCUUUCUUUGGCCUACGGUGCGCGCUUGAAACGAUUGAACGUCGUCAAGCAUGGCCAGAUUUCCCAUAUCCACCACGGCGGCAGUGAACUUUUCAAAGGCGUGGGAGACGCACUCGCCGUUCGCUAUCACUCCCUGCACGUCGUACUAAAGGAGGGUGGUGAGGUAGAACAGUUGGCAUGGGCAGACGAUGGGACAGAAAACGGCGAGGUCGUUAUGGCUGUGAAGCAUACCUCCAAGCCCUUCUGGGCUGUUCAAUACCAUCCGGAGUCGGUCCGUACCACAGGAGGAGGAUUAGAAGUCCUGCAGAAUUUCUGGAGAUUAGCGAAGACCUGGAAUCGUGCUCAUGGACGUGACCUCCAUCCCUGGGACCUUUCCUUCACUCGCAUCGUCGGACCUACUUGGCCUUACCUCCGUCCUCACUCCCCUCCCAGCACUCCUUCAGGAUCUUCCUCCCCGACCGUGAUCACCACAGUCUUAGAAUUACCCACACUUUCACUUCACCGCGCAUGCGAUCUUCUUGGAGCGACCGACGAGUCAUCGCCAUUUGUUUUACUAGAAUCCGCUGCCGAACCGGGUCGGUUCUCCAUCAUCGGCGCAGUGUCCACCGAUUCUCUACGCAUAACCUACAGUGUAGGCCACAAACACGUCCGCGUUUUCACAGGUGGUGAAUGGCAUCGAGAAAGCCUGGGGCACCAUGACUCCUGGUCCUGGAUUGCGUCGUUCAUGCGAUGUCGAAAAGCUCGUGGAGGUGCCCCAGAGAUACCUUUCUGGGGUGGUCUCGUUGGAUAUCUCAGUUAUGAGCUCGGUGUCGACACGCUUUCCAUCCCAACAGCUCGCAGGCGGCGACACCGUCCUGAUCUGAACCUUGUCUUUGUGGAUCGAAGUAUCGUACUCGACAAGUCCACCGGAAAGCUCUAUAUACAGUCCAUAAAGCCAAACGAUCAAGCGUGGUGUACAAACAUGGCUUCUAGGUUGUCCGAUGCAGCCCUCAAACAGCCCUAUCCGCCAACACGAAUCCCACCAAUCUUCAAGAAAAAGCCUAUCAUAAAUCUUCCUGACGAGGCUCUGUACAAAUCCCGGAUCACGCAGGCGAAGGAACACCUCUUCGUCGGAAACUCCUACGAACUCUGUCUCACGGCACCGACCACUAUCAGCACAUCCGCACGGUCACUGUCUUCUCCAUCAUCCUCAUGGGACUUCUACAAACUCCUGCAGUCCCAAAACCCAGCGCCACAUUCUGGCUACCUUCGUCUUCACCCCAGCACACUCGUCUCAUCUUCUCCAGAACGAUUCCUUUCCUUCUCUAGGCCUCCUUUUACUAAAUGUCAGCUACGGCCGAUCAAGGGCACCGUUCGCAAAGGUCCAGGUAUCACCCGCGCGGUGGCGGAGAAAGCUUUGACCGGCAGUCCUAAAGAGGUCGCGGAGAACUUGAUGAUUGUAGACCUCAUUCGCCACGACCUUCACGGUGUAGUUGGCGAUGAUGUCACGGUCAAGCAGUUCUGUGCCAUUGAGGAAUAUGAGACUGUGUGGCAGAUGGUCAGUGUCAUCGAAGGACAGUCCACGCAGGACGCGUCUGGUGCAACCGACCUCGACAGUGAGGGUGAGCUAGGCUGGGAAGUUCUCAGACGGUCUCUUCCACCAGGAAGCAUGACCGGUGCCCCGAAGAAGCGCAGCGUUGAGAUCCUACAAACCCUGGAAGACGGCCCGCGCAGCAUCUACUCUGGCGUGUUCGGGUACUGGUGCGUCGGUGGCGGAGGUGACUGGUCCGUCGUCAUACGCAGUUGCUUCAAGCACGACGAUCGGUUCGGUACCUCCGAUGACGAUGACGAAGAUGACGGACCUAACACGCCUACUACGGCCGCUGCUCCCAGUGAUGCGCAGGAAGGGCUCGAGGAAUGGACGAUUGGCGCGGGCGGAGCAAUCACUGCGCUUUCUGAACCGGAUGCGGAGUGGGAGGAGAUGGUGGUCAAGCUGCAGUCUGUUUUGCGGACGUUCGAGAGUGCGGCGUCUUAG